ACAUAUUACUUGUAUCAUUCCUUUAUACCGCAUUAUAUUUCAUAUUUAAAACUAUACACACACCAUCUGUUUGGAACUUAACAAUCAUUCAUACAAAUGAUGUUCAUUCUCGAUAUGAUCAGAUUAAUGAAGCAGCCACGGAUUGUUCUCCAGAACAGUUUGAAAAAAAACAAUGUUAUGGUGGAAUUGCUCGACAUAAAACAGUGAUUGAUAAGUUGAGAAGAGAGAAUAAGAAUUCUUUACUUUUAGAUGGUGGUGAUCAAUUUCAAGGUUAUGUUUGUGUUCAGGGAACGAUUAAUUCAGAAGUUAUGAAUUUACUUGAAUACAAUAUUACGGCAAUAGGAAAUCAUGAAUUUGACAAAGGUCCAAAAACACUUGCCUCUCAUCACUCACGACUGAAUAUGCCAAUCGUAUGUGCGAACAUCAAUACGACAUUAGACCCUUUGCUUGGUGCUAACAUUAAACCAUAUCACAUCUUUAAAGAAUAUAAUCUAGGAGUCAUUGGUUAUAUAACUGAAACAACUGGUGGUAUUUCAAAUGCGGGUCCAACAAUAGAAUUUUAUGAUCCAAUACCAAUAGUUCAACAAUAUGUGAGUGAACUUCGUACCAUGGGAAUCAAGCGUAUUCUAACA